GAGGGGAGGCCGGGCUGGCUGUGCAUUCAUACCCCGGCAGCGAGAGAGGGGCAGCGGCGUGAUCUGCAGUUGGCCUAACUACAGUAUGGUGCUGUUUCGGUAUGUGUGCCAACUCUACAAACGAUUGCUUCUGUCCAGUUUAGAAACUAGCUCAAUAAAUGUAGGUAUUUGGGCCAGAAAUAUACAUUCUUCAGCGGAAAGGCUGGAAGUGACUUAUGACUAUGGAAUUAAAAAACGAACGAUGCAUAACCAUGAAGUUCAAAAGCUACAUCAAAGUGCAGAUGAUGAAGAUUGUAGAAGACCACACAUACCAGUGAUGGUGAAAGAAGUUGUCAAUUGUUUAUCACCCCAGGAAGGGCAGCGUAUGCUUGAUAUGACGUUUGGAGCAGGAGGUCAUACUACAGCUCUUCUACAGAAAGUAACUGAUAUUACAAUAUAUGCACUAGACAGAGACCCAGCAGCUUAUAAAAUAGCUCAGCAACUUUCAGAAUCAUAUCCGAAACAGAUUCAGGCUCUUCUAGGGCAGUUUAGCCAAGCAGAAACCUUGUUAAUCUCAGCUGGAGUAGAGCCAGGAAUGCUAGAUGGAGUUCUUUUGGAUGCUGGGUGUUCCUCUAUGCAGCUUGAUACUCCUGAAAGAGGUUUUUCCCUGCGAAAGGAUGGCCCUUUGGAUAUGAGGAUGGAUAGUGGCAGGUAUCCUGACAUGCCCACCGCUGCUGAUGUUGUGAAUGCUUUAGAUCAACAGGCGCUUGCGUCCAUCCUGAGAACAUACGGGGAGGAGAGGCACGCCAAGAAAAUAGCUUCAGCAGUCGUUCAGGCACGCAGCAUCUACCCCAUCACCAGAACUCAGCAGCUUGCCAGCAUUGUUGCAGGUGCUUUUCCAGCAGGAGCUUUGUAUGCCCGAAAAGACUUACUUCAGAGACCUACACAUGUUGCCACCAAAACUUUCCAAGCCUUGCGUAUAUUUGUGAAUGAUGAGCUCCGCGAACUCUAUGUAGGGUUGAAGAUAGCUGAGAAGUUUCUGAAACCUGGAGGUCGACUUGUAGCCCUUUCUUUUCAUUCGCUAGAGGAUCGUAUCAUCAAACGAUUCCUUCAAGGAAUAGAUGUUUCAGAAAAGUUCAACCUUAACAUAAGACAAAAGAUAAGACAAGGACAAAAAAAUGAUUCAGAACAAGAUGUGGAAGAAUUCUUCAGUGAAAAUUCCAAUUCAAGGUGGACAUCUAUACAGAAAAAAGUGCUUACUCCCCAGGCUGCAGAUGUUCAAGAGAACCCAAGAGGGCGGUCUGCCAAACUAAGAGCUGCUAUCAAACUGUGA